GACUUCAAAUUUGUCUCAAAUUUGUAUUCAAAAAUCUUUUUAUGAAAACGUUUUCUAUCAAGCCAACAGGAUUUUAAUUCCAAUUUUUCUUUGAAAAAAAUGUCUCAAAAUCGUGGUAAACCAAAACGUGGUGGUUUCGCUAGUGGUGGUGGUGGUGGUGGCGACCGCUUUGCCGGUAAUAACAACAACCGUUAUCCCAGGAAUAAUGAUAAUCGACAACGAUCAUUCGAUGCAUCACCCGUGGAAUUUCCAGAAUCACAACAAUAUCCAAUACGAAGAUCAUUGUCGCCAAAAGUAGAUCAAAAGAAUUCACUUAAUUUGGUUGGAAAUUAUUAUAAAUUGGAUAUAACCGAAAAAGAAAUCUAUCACUACAAUGUUCAAAUUUCACAACCACCAUCAAUCAAUCAGACGCAAAAAAAUGAUUCAAGAUCUGAACAAAAUCGUGAAAAAUUUCUACGUAACAAUUCACGUGAAAUUUUGAAAGAAUUUCUAUCGAAAAAUCCAACAUUAUUUCAAGAUAUACCAUUCAUCUAUAAUGGUUGGGAAAAUCUGUACACCACAAAAAAGAUUCAAUUGGAUAAUGAUUAUGUCAAUGAAUUUGAAUAUCGUGUUGGUAAUGGAAAACCUGAUCGUUCAGUGCCGAAAACAAAUGUGGAAAUUGUUUUCAAAGAAAAAAUUAAUCUUAAAAUUAUUGAAGAUUUUUACAAUGGCAAAGUGAAUGAAAUUCCCAAUCAAAUUAUCGAUAUAUUGAAUAGAUUGUUUGCUAAAAUUCUCAUGGAAUACUAUACCGUACAUGGACAAUGUUAUUUUGAUAUGAAUCAAUUACGAUCAGUUCGAGAAUUAUCAUUCAUUGAAUUUGUGUAUGGAUUUGAAUUAUCAACACGUAUGGCACAAGUUGGCAUUUGUUUGGUAAUUCAACCAAGAGUUGAAUGUUUGAUUUCAUCAAAAUGUAAAACACUAAUGGAUCUGAUCAAUGAAUAUGAUUAUAAAUCUGGAGAAAAUAUUACAAAUUUUGAAAAAAUUAAUUUCAAAAAAAUCAAUUCAUUCAUCAAAAAUCUAUCGAUCUACACCGAACAUGGUAAUCAAAAACGUUCAUAUAAAAUCAAAGAAUUGAUUGCCACUCAUCUUAAUGAGAUGAAAUUGAGUGAUGAUGAUGACAAUAUGACAAUUUUGGAUUAUUUCAAUAAAAAUUAUCCAGAAGUGAAAAUCAAUCCACGGUUACCAAUGGUGCAAAUGACAAAACCACACGUCUAUAUGCCAUUGGAUUUAUGUUAUAUUGAUGAGAAACAAUUUGUUGAUAAUACUAAAAAUUAUCCAAAUAUCCACAAGGUAUUCAUGAAAGAAUGUGCAUUGAAACCAGAAUCUUUUUUCAACAAAAUUCAAUCAUAUGUUGAUCGUAUUGGUAAAAUUGGAUCGACCAUCCUGAAAGAAUUUGGUGUCACUCUACAAAAUAAACUUGUAAAAUUUAAUGGAUAUCAACUUGAUAAACCUAGAAUGGUGGUGAGAAAUCCACGUGCUAUUACAAAAUCAGCAUCAAUUGUUCCGUGGGCUUUUAUUUCAUUUGAUGAGAAAAUUUCAAAUGGAAUAAUCGACGAUUUCAUUGAUGGAUUAUUGAAUGAAGCUGAAAAAAUGAAUUUAAAUCUACAAAUGGGUUUAAGAUAUAGCGAUUUUAAACGUAUCAAAAAUUUGAAUGAUAUUGAAAAUGUAUUGAAAAUUAAAACCGAAUGUAAGAUUGAAUUUUGUUUUGUGGUACUACCGGAACACCAUAAUUAUUUAACUCCAAGCGACAUUUAUAAUGCUGCAUCAAGUAUUGGCUGUAAAGAUUUAGGAUUGAAAAUUCAAUGUCUAAAUGGUUUUCGUGUUGCCAACGUGCCUGGUGGUUAUUUUAAUAAUCUUUUAUUUGAAGUUAAUGGCAAUCUUGGUGGACAAAAUACUGUAGUUGAAUCACGAUAUUUUCAACAACAAAUUGGCACUAAAAUUCAAUUGAUUGAAACAAUGAUUAUCGGUAUCGAUGUAAAUCAUCCCGGAUUCUUUGAAUGUUCACAAAAUUUUCGUGUUUCAAUAGCCGCUGCUGUUGGCACCACUAAUGUGGAAAUGACUGAUUUCGUAAAUUGUUUUCGUAUACAAAAACGUGAAAGAACAAUGGAAAUUAUUGAACAAUUGGCAGAAAUGAUCAAAGAAUUGUUGGAAAAAUAUAAAAAGAUUAAUGGUGACUAUCCAAAAAAUUUGAUCAUUUUUCGUGAUGGUGUUUCCGAAAGUCAAUUUGAUCAAGUGAAAACGAUUGAAUUGGAAGCCAUUCGUCGAUUGAUUGAACAAACAAAAUUGAAGAUACGAUUCACAUUGAUAAUCGUACAGAAACGUCAUCAUACACGUUUUGUAAAGACAAUGCCAACCAGUUCGGAUGCCAAUCAAAAAGGUCCACCAACACGAAAUGUACCUUGUGGUACAGUGGUCGACAAUUCAAUUUGUGAACCAAAUUUCACUGUGGCCUAUGUGAAUUCACAUUUUUCCAGACUUGGCACAUCGAAACCAACCAAAUAUAUUGUCAUCGAGAAUCAAUUACAAUUUACCAAUUCAGAAUUGCAUAAACUAGCUUAUCUUGUUUGCUACAAUUCGGUACGUUUUUCAUCACCAUUAUCAAUACCAACGCCGAUAAAAUAUGCUGAUCUUUGUGCAUAUAAAUGUAAAAUUCAUUUAUUGCAUGAAUUGAAAAAGAAUCCAAUUCAAUCAACUGAUGAAUGGAAUGUUGAACAUUUACAGCAGAUGAUUACAUUUCAUGAUCCUAAAGCACAGGAUUCAUUUUUUUAUCUUUGAACAACAACAACAACAACAACAACGACGACGACUACGACGAUAAAUUGACAAAAUUUUGGCUUUUUAUUCAAAAAAAAAGAGAUUUGACAUAUGAUUCGAAAUGGAUGGGUGGAUGGAUGAGAAACAUAUACAAUAAUCAAUGGUUGACAAAAAAAAAAAAUUU